AAAAGGCAUUCCAGCCUCCAACUAGCAGAAGAAUUUCUCCAGUUUCCAGAAACACAAGAAACUACCAUGAUGAGUGCCAAGAACCUCGCUCAGCUGGCCAAGAAGUGGCAGAGGGUGGUGGCUAUGGGGAGGAAGAGGCUCACCUCAUCAACAUCAGGGGGGGAAACCGGAGGGCCAUGUGGCACGUCGUGCUCACCUGUGGCUGGCAAGGGCCACUUCGUCGUGUACACUACCGACGGUGCGAGGUUCGAGGUACCGCUUGUGUUCCUCGGCACGACCGUCUUCGACGAGCUCUUGAGGAUGUCCCCAGAGGAGUUCGGCUUCACAGGCGUUGACGGUGACAGAAUCACGCUGCCCUGUGACGCAUCAAUGAUGGAGUAUGCCCUGUGUUUGCUCAGGAGAAGUGCGUCCUCAGAUAUGGAGGCCGCGUUCCUCAACACCAUGGCAAUGCCAUGCCACUAUCAUGCAGAGCCACAUCUCGGAGUUAGCCAGCAUAAUGGUGUUUGCAGCUCCUGA